AGGGCUGUCAUAGACAAAAACAGCUGGAAUUUAUCACCUCUUGUAUAAAAUUCCACACGAAAGGUCAACAGCGCGACCCGGUGAGAGAGAGAGAGCGAGAGAGAGAGAGGGGAGGGGGGACAGGACCGAGGGGACCGAGCCUGCAGGUAGACUGCUUGAAUGAAUAUAUGGACUGACCACAACAACCAGGGACCAGUCUCCUCCUGCCCCUGCAAGUGAGAGAACUGCCUGUAAGUUAAUGUGAAAUUCACGAGUUUUGUGACCAUAUGCGCGUGCCAUUCCGGUUUCUGGAUUCCUGGGACUUUUGGCACACCUCUUACGCACGCCUGAGCAGCUCUCAGUGAGUCACAUACUGCUCGCUGUGAUUGUGUGAGAAACUUUAAAUCCGGGCCAUGCUGCAGUGACUUCAGCUAGCAGCCUAUAGGAGCUCGCGAUCAACUUGUAAACAGCAGGAGUGGAGGAGGGAUGCUUGGAAAAUAUUUCUAACACGGCUGGACAGCGGAGGAGACGAGAUCUGUUCGUGUCACUCGAUCGAGCAGAACCGAGGACUGUAAAUCACAAGGAAGCAAGUGGGUUGGAGAGGUGAAGCGAGGACAGGACAGGUUGGUGGUUCCAAAUUCACUGGGCUCGAGUUUCAAGCACCCUGUGGGGGCUCCUGGUAUUAAAGCGUGCAUUUGACCUGGGAUAAGUUGUCAACAAGAGCAGAGAGCGGAGGCGAACUGGCAGGUGUACAAGUUCAUUUACAUGCAGAGGUAUAUUCACGCCACUAAAUAUAGAAGUUAUCUUAGGGACAAACAACCUUAAUAAGUUUUCUACCCACUCGCUGGCCCUGCAGUAGCUCCACGCACCAGGCGUGUGCGUGUGUCUAUAUAUAUACCAUACAGGCUUUUAUUCCUGUUCACAAUCUGUAUCCGAGAGGACUGCCCGCCGUCGGUUUGGCUGUGAGGGCAGGAGUCGUCGCAUGGACUGACAUGGCCACCGACCUCGCCAUGAGCGCAGAGCUGCCCAACAGCCCUCUGGCCAUCGAGUAUGUCAACGACUUUGACCUGAUGAAGUUUGAGGUCAAGAAGGAGCCGCCAGAGGCCGACCGCUACUGCCAUCGCCUCCCGUCGGGCUCCCUCUCCUCCACGCCGAUCAGCACCCCCUGUUCCUCCGUGCCUUCCUCGCCCAGUUUCUGCGCCCCGAGCCCGGGUGCGCAGCCCAACCAGGGCCUCGCCAACGGUGUCAACAGCAAUGGCAGCAGCAACAACAGCGGCGGCAACAACAAUCACAGCAACGGGGGGAAGCCUCAACUGGAGGACCUGUACUGGAUCCCCAGCUACCAGCAUCACAUCAAUCCCGAGGCGCUCAACCUGACGCCGGAGGACGCGGUGGAGGCCCUCAUCGGCAACGCGCACCACCAUCACCACCACCACCAGGCCUACGAGGGCUUCCGCGGGCAGCAGUACGUCGGGGAGGACCUCUCCGCGGCCUCGGCGGCCCACCAUCACCAAGCGCAUCACCACCACCAUCAUCACCACCACGGCCACCACGCCCGCCUGGAGGACCGCUUCUCGGACGAGCAGCUGGUCAGCAUGACAGUGCGGGAAUUGAACCGCCAGCUGCGGGGCUUCAGCAAAGAAGAGGUGAUUCGCCUGAAGCAGAAGAGGCGCACCCUGAAGAACCGGGGCUACGCGCAGUCCUGCCGCUUCAAACGCGUGCAGCAGAGGCACAUGCUGGAGACCGAGAAGUGCACCCUGCAGAAUCAAGUGGAGCAGCUCAAGCAGGACGUGGCGCGCUUAGUCAAGGAGAGGGAUCUAUACAAGGAAAAGUACGAGAAGCUGGCCAGCCGGACCUACAAUGCCGGCGGACCUGCGAACACGAGAGAUCCGUCUGGGAAACAAGCAAACACCGAAUUCUUCAUGUGAGAGACUGGUGAUUUGUAGCACAGACUCUGAAAUGCACCCCUCACUUCAACACCCUCCUUACAUUAAUUUAUAUUUUUCUUCGUUUGUAUUUUGUUUACAGUUAUUCCCUCCACUGAAAAGACUUAAACAGUAGAUGUGCACGGACGCAAUCCUCGUGCGCAUUUUCAGUCUUAAAUAUGUUCAAUCUAAACUUCUGUAAGCCCGCUGCAGCCUGUCAGAUGGGCACUUGGGAUCACUUAGCCUGUAGACUUUUUUCUCUGGUGCAGCAGAAGCUUAUCACAAGUCUUACUGAACCAAAACGACAUGUGACUGUCUUAAUUCAGAGAGAGCAAUGGGUUUGUCUUAAAAACGAGGCAAAAGUUUCUUUCUUUGUCUUUUAUUUUUGUUGUUGUUUUUUUUUUAAAGACUAAAUGAACUGAAAAGAAGAAGCAGAAGAAGCAAUACACCACCUGCCAAGAAAGACUUUAUGGGCCUGUAAUGCAGAGACUUUUCAGUAAUGCAAGUCUAAUAGUUCCCCCCCAUCCCAAUUUGCAACCCUGCAUGCAGGACAUGUAUGGUAACCUCUCCCUGACUCUUCCACAUGUAUGGAAAGCAUGGCCCGUGGUUCGCUUCUCCUCUUCCUCCUCUUCCUCUGCCAUCAGUAAGGCCUGGGUAUGCGAAAAGCCACAAAAAUGU